AUGGUUUGUUGCUCUCGGCGGCGAGACACGCCGGCGGCCGGCGGUCUGCUCGGGUCGUGCCUCCUCAUCGCCAUCCUCGUCCAAUCCUCGCUCCUCGGAUCCACCUUCCUCUUGGCCGUGGACGCUGCUCGCACGUCGGCGUUCAUGGCCAUGGCGCCGCUACCAGCUGUUGCUAUGGCCCCCUCGCCGUCGGGGCUCAAGGACGACAAAAGGCGUGUGCCGACGGGUGCAAACCCUUUGCACAACAGAUGA